AUGACCACCACCGCUGUGAGCUGGCAGACGACUACACCGUUCUCCGAGGAGCGCCGAGAGUCUGUAGCCUCGUUCUAUCCGAGCCCCACGUCCGAUCCGAUGAGCGAAAAAGACGGAUAUACGAGCAGGAGGGCGAGUGGGAUGAGUGCUGUUGCCGAUGCUGGGCGGGACAAGGAGCAGAGGGAGCGGGAGAGAGCUCGGGAAAAGGAAGCCCAGGUCGAGGAUGAGGAUGCCGGCCAGACCGUCAAACUUACGGAUUUCGAUGUUGUUUCCACGCUUGGACCGGAACGUUUGGAGGGUGCUGCUCGUUCGACUGCGGCCAGCCGCGAACCAACCUGGGGCAGUGCAACAUUUUGCGAUGAAGGUGUUAAAGAAGAACGAAGUCGAUCAGACAUCCGUUUAUUGUCGACUUGUGAAUACGCGACGUUCCAGGAUCACUUGAACGUGUACAUGCUCCUCUCAUACGUACCCGGCGGCGAACUCUUUUCCCACCUCCGAAGAGCAGGUCGAUUCUCACCCGACGUGACCCGGUUCUAUUUGAGCACCAUAGUGCUAGCGCUUCGCCAUCUCCAUGCAUACGACAUCAUCUACCGAGACCUCAAACCCGAAAACCUCUUGCUCGAUCAUCGAGGCUACCUUCGUAUCACCGACUUUGGAUUCGCCAAGAUCGUCCAGGACAGAACGUGGACACUGUGCGGUACACCCGAGUACCUCGCGCCCGAGAUCAUCCAGUCUGCAGGACACAGCAAGGCUGUCGAUUGGUGGGCAUGUGGGAUAUUAUGUUAUGAGAUGUUGGUCGGGUAUCCGCCCUUUUUCGACGAUAAUCCGUUUGGGAUUUAUGACAAGAUCUUGCGAGGGAAGAUUUACUGGCCUAAAGAGCUAGAUCGAGGCUCCAAGGAGCUUAUCCAGGAGUUUUUGCAACCAGAUAGGAGUCGACGGUUAGGGAACCUCGGGGGUGGAGUCGAAGACGUGUUGUUGCACCCUUGGUUCAGGGGUGUAGAUUGGGGCGCGCUGGAGAGAGGCGAGAUUCGGGCUCCGUUAAUCCCACAAGUACUGUCGGCGUCGGACACGCGCAAUUUCUCGAACUUGCCAUUGCCUGCUUCUGCGGACAUCCCUGGGCUGGUACCCUCGGCGAUGCCACCUCCAGAAGAGCGAUUCGACCCCCAUGCGUAUUCGUUCGCCGAGUUUUGA